AUGAAAAAUCAAAGUUUUGUUACUGAGUUUGUCCUCCUGGGACUUUCGCAGAAUCCAGAUAUUCAGAAAAUGAUAUUUGUUCAAUUUCUGUUCAUCUACAUUGCAACUGUAAGUGGCAAUGUUCUGAUUGUGGUGACCAUCCUGAGCAGUCCAGCGCUCCUGGAUUCCCCAAUGUACUUCUUCCUGGCUUUCCUGUCCUUCCUGGAUGUGUGCAUCUCCUCGGCUGUUGCUCCAACAAUGAUUGGCAAUUAUGUUUAUGAGAAGAAAACCAUCUCCUUUGUAGGCUGUUUGACCCAACUUUUUGUGGGACACUUCUUUGCCGGGGUAGAGUUGAUAGUUCUUACAGCCAUGGCUUUUGACCGGUAUGUGGCCAUCUGUAAACCCUUGCACUAUUCUUCAAUCAUGAACUCAAGACUCUGCGGCAUUUUGAUUGGAAUACCCUGGGCAGGGGGCUUUCUGCAUUCGACUAUACAGAUAAUUUUUACUUCCCAGCUGCCUUUCUGUGGUCCCAAUAUCAUUGAUCACUUCUUAUGUGACUUGCACCCAUUACUGAAGCUGGCCUGCACAAAUACAUACAUCUUUGGCUAUUUUGUCAUGGCCAAUAGUGGCUUUAUGUGCAUUCUAAUUUUCUGCUUGUUGCUUGUGUCCUAUGGUGUCAUCUUGUGCUCUCUGAGAAACCACAGCACGGAAGGACAGAGGAAAGCCCUGUCCACCUGUGGCUCUCACGUUGCUGUUGUGGUUCUAUUCUUUGUCCCUUGUAUAUUUGAGUAUGCGAGACCUCCUUAUUCUUUCUCCUUUGACAAAAUGGUGGCAGUGUUUUAUACUGUCUUUCCACCUUUCUUCAAUCCUUUGAUCUAUACUUUCAGGAACAGAGAUAUGAAAAAUGCCAUGGGGAAAUUGUGGGAGAGACUAAUGGUCAUUUUGAUUAAAAAUAAACCACUAAAUUGUAACAAAAUUAAGUUAUGA